AUGGAGAGACUGAACAUACAACGAAAACAUAGAAAAAGAAACACAGAAAUAAGAAAAACUACAAAAAUAAUAGAUGCUUUGGAACAUUCUCUAAAACUAAAAUGGAAAUGGGCAGGUCACAUUGCACGAAUGGAUAGGGAAAAAUGGACACACAAAGUGACUACUUGGCAGGGACCUACAAAUAAAAGGCAAAGAGGUAGACCGAGAGAAAAGUGGGUUAAUGAAUUUCAGUUGACCACUGCGGCAGUUAUACCACCAAAAGAAGCCAUAAUGUCGUUAGUAGCACAAGCGUUUCAAGCCAGCAAAAUUGUCCCCGAUGUCAUUCCUACAGCUCCUGAAGCGACCAUAGAACUCAAGUAUCCCAGCGGUGCGGUGGCUUCCCAGGGCAACGAGCUGACUCCCACUCAAGUGAAGAAUCAGCCGAGCGUAUCCUAUAAGGCGGACCCUGCCGCGUACUACACGCUCGUAUUCACAGAUCCCGACAACUACAAUACUACAGAGCCGGUGUACCGCGAGUGGCACCACUGGCUAGUGGGCAACAUUCCCGGUAACAAGGUCUCCCAGGGCGAGGUGCUGUCCGGCUACAUCGGUUCCGGCCCGCCAGAGGGCACUGGCAUCCACAGAUACGUCUUCAUCCUGUACAAGCAGCCCGGCAAGAUCAACUUCGAUGGGACUAGGCUGACCAACAAAUCCAUUGACGGUCGUGCUGCUUUCUCUACGAAGAAAUUUGCUGAGAAAUACAACCUGGGUGCACCCGUUGCUGGGAAUUUUUACCGCGCCCAAUUCGACGACUACGUUCCACAGCUUUAUAAAAGCUUGGGAGUUUGA